AUGCGUCCAAUUAAAGCACAAGAAUCAUUGAAAGUUCCAGAAGAUGUUAAAGUAUCAGUACGCGGCCGUGUUGUUCAAGUAUCGGGAAAACGUGGAAAAUUAGUUCGAAGUUUUAGACAUGCCCGUGUUGAUAUACAUAAACCGUCAAAAAAUCAAGUUGUUGUCGAAAAAUGGUUUGGUACAAAUAAAGAAAAUGCUGUUGUUCGAACAAUAUGUUCACAUAUCAAUAACAUGAUUAAAGGAGUGACAAUAGGAUUUUGUUAUAAAAUGCGUUCGGUUUACGCCCAUUUUCCGAUCAAUACUGUUGUUGCCGACAAUGGACAAUCCGUUGAAAUUAGAAACUUUUUAGGCGAAAAGUUUGUUCGUCGUGUUCAAAUGAGACCAGGUGUAAAAGUAUCAACAAGUACAAAACAAAAAGAUGAAUUGAUACUUGAAGGAAAUGAUAUUGAACUUGUAUCAAGAUCAGCUGCACUUAUUCAACAAUCAACAACAGUUAAAGAUAAAGAUAUUCGAAAAUUUUUAGAUGGUAUUUAUGUAUCAGAGAAAUUGUCAUGCGAUGAAAUGUAA